UCCCCCAAGACGGUAUAUAAGCUGCGACGACCUACGCCUCCCCCUUCCAGCUUCUAUCUUCUUGCCUCCUCUCCGUUCUUCCCUUUCGGCAAUGGCGGCCGUACGAAGAAGCCUCCAUCCCUUUUUGGCUCCCUCUUUUGAAACCCUCAGAUAUGCUUUCUUGAUGAGCUCUCUUAAUUCACAAUCGAGAGGUUUUCGCAAUUUAGGGCACGAUCCUGGAAGAUUUCGGCGGGGAUUCGGUGGGACAGUGGCGUCCGAGGUAGGAACUGAUAUCCAGCCGUGCAAUCUUGAUGCGGUGAAGGCUGGGGAUGAGAUUGAGAAGAUCCGGCAUGAGUUUGAGGAGGCCAAGCGGAGUUUUCUCAAGAUUCCUGUGGCGAUAAAGGAAAUGCCCAAGAUGAAUCCAAAAGGUAUCUAUGUCAAUAAGAAUCUUAGGCUGGACACUAUACAAGUCUAUGGUUUUGAUUAUGACUAUACAUUGGCCCAUUACUCUGAAAAUCUACAGAGUUUGAUCUAUGACCUUGCAAAAAAGCACCUUGUUAAUGAGCUUAAGUAUCCAGAAAGUUGCUUGCAGUUUGAGUAUGAUCCUACAUUUCCUAUCAGGGGUCUGUACUAUGAUAGGUUGAAAGGGUGCCUUCUGAAACUCGAUUUUUUUGGGUCCAUAGAGACAGAUGGAUGCUUCUUUGGACGUCACAAGCUUAGCUUGGAGAAAAUAAAAGAGAUGUACGGCACCCGACAUAUUGGGCGAGAUCAAGCACGUGGACUUGUUGGUUUAAUGGACUUCUUUUGCUUUAGUGAGGCAUGCCUUAUCGCUGAUAUUGUGCAGCAUUUUGUAGAUGCCAAGCUGGAUUUUGAUGCAUCCUAUGUGUAUGAAGAUGUAAAUCAUGCAAUUCAGCGCGUUCAUAGAAGCGGUUUGGCACAUAAAGAAAUUAUUGCUGAUCCACAUAAGUACCUAGUUAAAAAUGUAAGUAGUAUUAGCCUUACUUUUUCCAUAAUUUCCAUGGAGAAGAUUGUUUCUUUUGCUAUUGAGAUGUUGCAGAAGUGGUACUUUAAAUUCUUUGUAUCUUUUCUGCAGAGCCAACUGUUAUGUUUUCUAAAGAUGCUAAAGCAGAAGGGAAAGAAACUCUUCCUGCUAACCAAUUCUCCAUAUUCUUUUGUGGAUGGCGGAAUGCGUUUCAUGUUAGAGGACCACAGUGGUGACAGAAACUCUUGGAGGGAGCUUUUCGAUGUUGUGAUUGCUCAAGCUAAUAAGCCAAGCUUCUACACUUCUGACCACCCAUUCCGGUGCUAUGACAUUGAGAAGGACACCUUAGCUUUUACUGCAGUGGAUAGGUUUAUCCCAAACCAAGUUUACUAUCAUGGUUGCUUGAAGUCAUUUCUACAAAUUACAAAGUGGAAAGGCCCUGAAGUUAUAUAUUUUGGUGAUCAUUUGUUCAGUGACUUAAGAGGACCUGCAAAAGCUGGCUGGCGAACUGCUGCUAUCAUUCAUGAACUCGAGAGUGAAAUAGAGAUCCAAAAUGAUGAAAGCUAUCGGUUUCAGCAGGCGAAAUUUCACAUAAUACAAGAAUUACUUGGUAAAGUUCAUGCAACAGUGGUUAGCAGUAAGAGAGGGACAGCUUGCCGAGCACUAUUGGAUGAAUUAAAUGAGCAAAGGCGACAGUGUCGUUCUGCAAUGCGCAGGAUGUUUAAUCGUUCUUUUGGGGCAACCUUCCUCACAGACACUGGUCGGGAAUCAGCAUUUUCUUAUCAUAUACAUCAGUAUGCAGAUGUCUACACCAGUAAGCCUGAGAAUUUCAUGUUGUACCCUCCCAAGGCAUGGCUUCAUGUGCCCUAUGAUAUAAAGAUCAUGCCACAUCAUGUGAAGGUACCAUCGAGUUUGUUUAAGAUAUGGUAGGAGUGGAUGCCGAUAUAGUCUAGAGGAGAAUUGAUUCGUGAUACAAGAUUCUGAUAGAUUAAGCAAUCUCAACUGGGUGCACUCAUCAUAUGAACUGGGAAUUUGCAAUUCAUUUUCUUGGGGUCUCUUUGUACCGUUGGAUGAGAAAAUGUUCUCAAUUGUAAAUUUGUAGCUAGCAGUACUCUCUUUUAGGGGCUUAUUUGGAUUCCCAGCUAAAUUGUUCGCCAAGUAUACCUUAUGUUGGCCAGGGAUUAUUAUUUUCUCAUAGGAGAAAUUUCUGGCCUCAGCAGAGUCCAUGAGAAAUCAGGAUACUGGAAGUCAUCUCUUAGAAGGAUUCCAGCAUCCGUUUUUUUUUUUGGGGGGGAUCCUAUGAUCAGCUAGGUUCCUGGAUUUGUUAAAAUUCUCCACCAUCACUGGACGCUCUCUAUCUUAAGAUCGGUUUUGUUCCAAGUAAGUGGUUCACGCAUCCAAACAGGCUCUUAAGAGAUUUGUUUGCAUCUGCUCAGUAACCGUACGUGUACCCUAGUGAGUUUGCAGCUAGAAUUAGGCUGGAACUAUGUAUUAUUUCUGUUUAUCAGAAAAAGGUCAAAACUUUGUAACUUAAAUAGUUUGAGUGGAUUCAACUCCUAUAGAGUAUGUUUGGUUUCCUGGAAAAGGUCUCGAAAAA